AUGGGUGCCAGCUUCGAAUUUGUAAACGUCUCCGAUCCAGCUUCCAACCCUAAACCUGGCAAGAGCCACCAAAUCCGGAGCCGCUGCAUGCAGGGCAAGAACAAGCGUGAAGACUCCCGCCGUUCGAUACGCGAGAAGAAACGGCUCGCGAAGCAUGCACGCGAAAGAAAGGUUGUUACAACCACAGGGAUGCCAUUCUAUACGGAUUCGGCUCCAGUCUUGCCUGUCGGUACCUUGAUAAGCGACCUUGCACUUGUUCGCUUUGCGGGACCUGAUAUUGAUGGAGAAGCUAAGGGCAUCCUCUUCAAAGCCUUCGCCUACAACGUCGCAAACCAAGCGCUCUCCCCUCUCGACCGCGCCGUCGACUUCGACUGCCUAGAAAGCGCAUCCUUCGAAUGGCUCUUCGAAGACACCGCAUUCCUCCACUCCAUCCUCUCCGCCAGCUACGCCGUCAGCGAUCUCCUGUAUCCGCAAUGGGACGGCAAGCCCGGCCGUAAAACGCUCAUCCACCUACGCAAAACCUUGCGUCUCCUACAAGACAAACUGAGUGGCAACGAAAACGUGCACCAAGACGAGUCCGUCCUAGUGGUCGUGAUCAACCUCGCGCUGCUAAGCGCCGUAUUCGGCGACUGGGACGCCGCAGCCGCGCACUUCAAAGGCCUGCAAAAGAUCGUCGAACUACGAGGAAAUCUGCAGUUCCUCAAUUCGCGCCCGAAAUUGCAUUUCAAGCUUGAUCGCAUCGACCUUGCGUACUCGCUUUCGUCUGGGAAAGCUCCCUUCUUCCUGCAUCACGCUGUGGACUGGACCUGCGCCAGGACGGAAGAUCCCGUAUGGGUGGGUGAAUGA